AAAACUUGAAAGAAAGAAAUAAUUAUAGAAAGAAGAAGAAGAGAAAGAAAGAAUUGAUAAAGUGAUAGAAAGAAAGAAGGAAAGAAAAUAAUGAAAACAAACAGAAAAUUAACGAAAAGAAGAAGAAGAGAAGAAAGGAAAUAAGGAAAAGGAAUUAAGAAAAGAAAGAAAACUGUGGAGAAAAAUGGAAAAAGAGAGAGAAAUUAAAUAAAAACAAGGAAAACAAAAGACUAAAAAAGAAAGAAAGAAAGAAAAGAAAAGGAAGAGAAAGAAAAACAAGUCUAACACACACACACACAAACAUGGCACACUCAAAACACCCCCACCACCACCACCAACACCUCCUUCUGUACCUCGCAACACAAAUUCUCGUCCUGAACACUCGCCUCCCUCUGUGUGUUGCGAGCGGGUUGCCCCCAGAGAGUGUUGUCCUCGUCCCUGGAGCUCCUGGUAAGACUGUGUUGCUGGGACUUGAGCUCAGUCCCCUUCAGGAGGUGCGGGCGCUGGCUGGGGGUCGGGCGCUGCUCCCCUGCGACAUCACGCCCCCAACGCCCACGGACGCGCCCAUCCUUGUCCUUUUCUACAACGGGGUGACCGGCAUUCCAGUCUACAGCAUCGACGCUCGCACGGUUCCACUUUCUCGGUCGGUCCACUGGUCAGGUCUUGGCACGCGGGCACAUUUUGACGCUACUUCGAGCCCCCAGGGCCUUGUGGUGGAUGACCUGAGCCUGGCGGAUGAGGGUCAGUACAGGUGCCGGGUGGACUUCAAAGCGUCACCCACCAGGAACCUGCGAGUGGCUCUACAGGUGGUGGUUCCUCCGCGAAGAGUCAGCAUCCGAGAAGAAGGUGGAGAUGACCUAAGUGGAGUGGUCGGCCCCUAUCCAGUCGGCAAGGCGUUAGUACUUACAUGUCACGUGGAAGGAGGGUCACCAAAACCUCGAGUCAGCUGGUGGCAUGAGGGAUCGCUUCUGGACAACACGGCCGAGGUCACGAGGUCAGAGAGAGGUCAAGAGGUCACCAUCAACAAGCUCCUUCUGCCCACGCUUACGAGAGCUCACCUAUACAGGGUCAUAACGUGUCAGGCGGAUAAUUCGAAUUUGACCCUACCUCUGGCGGCAACAGUGACCUUGGAUUUGAUAUUUCCCCCCGUGGAGGUUCGCAUCCUGGGAGGGCGUGGGGCGCUCAACGCUGGCAGUCGGUACUCUCUGGUGUGUGAGGGAGGAGGUUCACGCCCCCCCGCCGCCCUCACCUGGUGGCUGGACGGGGUGCUGGUCACGGACACGAAGGAUGAGGUGUUACAGGAGGGCAAUGUCAGCCGGUCCACAGUUCACCUGGCGCCCAGCAGAACCCAGCACGGCGCGGCCCUCACCUGCCGAGCGGACAACCCGCACUUACCCGGGGCCGCCUUAGAAGACACACGGAAACUAAAUGUGCAUUACUCCCCCAAGCUCACCCUUCGCGCUGGACACAACCUCAACAUGGGCGAUAUUAAGGAAAGCGAUGAUGUAUAUUUCGAGUGUGAGAUCCAAGCUAAUCCUCCAGUCUUCAGAGUCGAAUGGUACCUUAAUGGGCUCGAACUGGUGCACAACGUCAGCGGAGGCGUCAUACAGAGCAACCAGUCUCUAGUGCUACAGGACGUGGAUAGGUCUUCGUCAGGGCUCUAUACGUGUAAGGCUCUGAACUUACACGGGACGGGGAGCUCUAACGCCGUGCAGCUGAGUGUGAAGUAUGCCCCAGUAUGCGCCGGCGGCCAGAAACAGGUCUAUGGCGCCGGCAGACUGCUCCCUAUCAACGUGACAUGCCGCGUCGAGUCACACCCUGAGGCCACAUCCUUCCGGUGGGCCUUCAACACCUCCACAGAGUACUCCGAGGUGCCUCCGGGGGCCGUGGCGCCGGGGGGACGUGGGCGCAGUGUGGCCACUUAUACCCCCUUGACGCAUCAUGAUUUUGGGUCCCUGCUGUGUUGGGGGCGGAAUGAAGUGGGGGAGCAAGUGGAGCCCUGUGUGUUUCAUGUGGUGCCCGCGGGUGUCCCGGAGCCUGUCCACAACUGCACGGCCUGGCAUAACCAUUCUUCCGUGGGGGGCGGGGGGGCGGUGGUGGUGGUGGCGUGUACCGCGGGCUGGGGUGGCGGCCUGCAGCAAACCUUCUCAUUGGAGGUGCGCGCAGGUGGAAGUGGAGGAGGAUCGGAUCUCAUAGGUGGAUCAGGGAAUAGGGGAUCCGGUAGCUCACAAAAGGGGAGUGGACAGUUUGAAGGGAUCAGUCAGUAUGGGGAAUCUAACACCCAAUAUGGAGGUUCCAACACUCCAUAUGAAGGAUCACGAACCCACUUUGCAGACCCGAACACGGACUCAGAUCCAAAAACCGAACUUCACAACACGAACACACAAACAGGACGCUCUCGAUCCCACUAUUCAGGUUCCAACACUCCAAACGGGGGAUCGAACACCAUGUCAAGUUCCAUCCAUCCAUACUACAACCCAAUCCUAAAUACGCCCCCGCUAGCGUCUCUACGUCACCAGGCAGCCCCGCAGUUCACAGUGACAGGACUACAACCAGGGCAGUUAUACCAGUUAGCAGUUGUAGCCGAAAACGCGCAGGGCCUAGCCAGACCGACCAUUUUGGAACACCUAACACCAAUUGACGUGGCUGAAAAGAGAUUGAGUCAGGAGGGCGCGGGCGUGGGUGUAGGCGUGGGUGUGCUAGCUGGCGUGGGUGAUAAUGAUUCCCACCCCCAGCUAGUAGUCUUCUCCCCGCUAGUAGGCGCUGGUUUAGGCCUACUAGCUGCGAUUUUGCUAUGCUCUCUCAUGGGGAUUUUGAUUGUCAGAGCUAGGAAGUUACACGCACACACACACGCACACACACAUACACACACGCACGCCCAUGAGAAAGGGUUGUAUGAUCCUCCACCCACUCCACUCCCUCCUCCUACUUCUUCCACCUCCUCCACCGCCCUCCCCCUCCACUCCACUCCACCACUUCUCUCUCCUUCUCUCUCGCAAGACCCCGAUGUGACGAGAGUAAGACCAGAUAUGACCGAACUAACAAACAGACAGAUACAAGAAGAAUAUCUGUGCAACAACAACAACAACAGCAAAAACAACAACAACAACAAGGGCGGGAGUAGCAGUUGUCAGCAGGUCGGAAAUAUCUACAUCAGCAGACCGGGCUCCCUGCUGAUGACCUCGGUAGCAGAGGAGGAGACUGACUCCCUCCUCCCCCCUCCUCCCUUUACCUCCACCACCGACGAAGGAGGAAUAGGAGGAGGAGGAGGAGGAGGAGGAGGAGGAGGAGGAGGAGGAGGAGGAGAGCUCUACCACCACUACAAUCUCUACUACCAAAACAACCACCACCAGACCCUCCCCCUCCCCCUCCUCCCCCCCUCCUCUUCCUCCUCCUCCUCCUCUUCUCUUCCUCUCUCCCUCCCUCACCCCAGCCGCCACCCCCACCCCUCCCACCCCCCUCCCCACCCCUUUUACCCCUCUAUUAACAGAAUGGGGAGUUUGGGGAAAAUGGGGAAUGGGGGGGUGAGGGGAGGGCGGCCUGAUUUGGUGUAUAGUGGGGGAGGAUACGCCCCCUCCCCUACCCCCCACAACCACCCCCUCCUCCUCCUCCUCCUCCUCCUCUCUUCCUCGGUACCCAUUCCAAUCCUCUUCCUCUUCUUCCUGUCUUCCUCCUCCUCCUCGUCCCUGCAAUCUUCCCCUCCAUCACUCCUCCUCCCCCUCUUCCUCCUCCUCCUCCUCCCCCCUCCCCCACCUCCUCCCACCUCCUCCUCCCCACCACGGGCAGGACACCCACGAAAGCUCCGUGUAAGAAAGGGACGUAAGGAAGAAGAGAAAGAAGAAGAAGAAGAAGAAGAAGAAGAAGAAGAAGAAGAAGAUCAUAAUAAAAAUGAGAAAAAGCGAAGAUAAAGAAGAAUUACAACGAGGAAAAGAAGAAGAAGAAGAAGAAGAAGAAGAAGAAGACGAAAACAAAAUACAAGAAGAAGAAGAAGAAAAAGAAGAAGAUGAAAACGAAGAAGAAAAACAAAAUUAAGAACAAGACCAACAAAAAGAAGAAGAGGCAGAAGACGAAAAGAAGAAGAAGAAGAAGAAGAAGAAGAAGAAGAAGAA